CUUCUCGCUUCUCCAUCGUCAGUCAGUCCUCCACAGUCUCUCUCUCUCUCUCUCUCUCUCUCUCUCUCUCAACUUGAAAUGGAAACAUUGGGAUGGCCAUCCCCUGCAAUCUCUAAUGGCCUCUCUGCAGAAGUCCGAAAAUUGAGUAUCAGAAGUAGCAGCUGUAUUAAGUUUACUCGAAACCCAAACCGUUGCUUGGUUUUUGCAAAUGGGUACUCGUCUUUAUCCCCAUUUUCUUCUCAGAGAGUGUCUACGAGGCUCAGAAAAUCGGUGAUUGUGGCUGCCAAGAAGGAUAAAAAGAAGAAGGUCGACUCUCAUAGCUUCGUACCCAAAUCUGACGAAGCCACUGGCCCUUUCCCUGAAGCUGUGUUGCUCAAAGAGAAGAAAGUUCAGGAAGAUGGUACACUUCUCCCUGAGUUUGCUGAUGUUGAAGAACAAGAGCUUUUUGAGCAACUAAAUCUUCAGCUGGAAAGUGAUUUGAAUGUCGAACGAAUGCGCCAUUAUGAAGUGGUUUAUAUGAUUCAUGAGGACCAUGUGAAAGAGGUUGAGGAUGUGAAUUUGAAAGUUCAAGAUUUCAUAAAGGAGAAGAAAGGCAGGAUAUGGAGAUUCAGUGAUUGGGGUCUUCGAAGACUGGCAUACAAGAUAAAGAAAGCAAAAAAUGCCCACUACAUUUUGAUGAACUUUGAGUUUGAAGCCAAAUGGAUUAAUGAUUUUAAGAGUUUGCUAGACAAAGAUGAGAGGGUCAUUCGGCAUUUGGUGAUGAAGAAAGACGAGGCUGAAACAGAGGAUUGUCCUCCACCUCCCGAGUUCCACACAAUACGUUCUGGCAUGGAUGAUGACGACAACGAGGAAGAUGACAAUGACGAGGAUGAUAUAGAUGAUGCGUAUGACGAUGAGGAAGAUGGUGAUGGUGAUGAGGACGAGACAGAUAUUGAUGGCAAUGACAGUGAAAAUGUUAUUAUUUAUGUGGAGGACUAUAUUGAUGAGUCAAGGGAAAGUAGAAACAGUAGUAAACCAAGUGAUGUAACUAGCAUGGGGAGAAUGAAACUGAGACCUGAGAAAGUUGGUCGAUAGGUAAUUUACGUAUUUACAUUUGUUUUGAACUUGUGUUUUAAUAAAUUCAGGUUAGAUGAAGUGAGCUCUUAUAUGUUUUGUUUGGCA